AUGCCGGACCUGAACUCUGUUCCGCCUUCACCUCGAGUGCUGGCGGCUUCUCGACAGUCCUCUUCUAAUUUAAAUGGCCAGUCGCAAGUCUCACCUCCCGCCGCACCUCUCUCACCAUCUCUGAAUAUUCUACCUUCAAACCAACAAACCGUUAACCGCACUUCCUCAAUUUCUCUUCCCUCACCGCCAAUAUCUGGAGCCACAACAAUGCCUCAGUCCUCUGCGCCUGGACAGGAUAACACUGGCGUUGGCGCUGGUCCAGGUCCUUUGCGACAUCCACGUCCGCUAACCGCAGCUGAGCUUCAUUCAGAGUUGGAGCAAGAACAAGAGCUCUUGGUGAACCGCUUGACGCGCGAUCUGUCUAUGCUGCGCGCCGCACAGAACUCUUCUGUAGCCUCAAACGCUUCCUCCGCGAGCGCGUCGACCUCUGCCGAUCAGGUCCACCCAUCCUCGUUCACCGACACUCAUCUCCUAUCCGGACCCGGCUUCCCUCUUCCGACGACUAGUGCUGACCGCCGACAUCAUCGCACAGGCUCGAGCGCGAGUACACGUAGUUUGGGCCAAUCCACUGCCGCCACUCAGGGUUCUACACCUGCGCCGAUACCUAUCCCUCAACCUCACUCCGGCAAUGCAGCUGCGGUCCUAGAAGCAGCGCGAUACCCUCGAGCACCAACAGCCAUGAGCCGACAGAAUAGCAGUGCUUCGCAGAGAAGUACAAGCCGAAACCAUUCUCCUCACUCAUCAAACUAUCCUUGGCCACACAGUGGUAGCGUCGGUUCGUACGGACAACAGCAUGGAUUCCCCUACGACUACGGAUCAAGCUACUUCCCUCGCGGUUCUACUUCUUCCAGUACCAGUGUUGCGGCUACUCCUGGUUCAGAGCUAUCUCCUGGUCUUAUGCCGGCAACCCUACGAUAUGAAGAGACGGCUCAUUACCGACAAGAGCUGGAUACCGCUAAGCGUGAGAACGAGGCACUGAAGCGACGCGUCAAGGAGUUAGAACGCGCUCUACGUGACCGUCGACCCAGUGAUGCUUCUCGUACUGGUAGUGGAAGAGACCGAAGCGAGAGCGUGAGCACUACGGCGAGUGUUAGUGUUAGUGGUGCAACUGGCAUUGGUGGUGUGAUUGGAGGCGGCACGACUAUCGCGGGAGAUCGCCGAGGAGAGCGAAGACCUAUUGAACGAGGUGUGAGUGGUCUAAGCACUACUAGCAGCGUUGCGGCUGGUGUUCCCGAGGACGAUGUCAGAGUGGGAGAGAGUGCGGCGAGUGCAGGCUUGCACCCAUCCGGCUCCGGCGAGCAAAGCCAUGAGGCGAAGUAG